CCAUUGCUAAUUUUCAGUACCGUUCCAUCGAUAAUAAUAAUAAAUAUCCAGUCAACUACAACAGCGGCCUUAACAAAGCGUAUUUAAAGCCAAGGCGGCAGAAAGAAAUACAGCAGCGGAAGGGCUAUAGUAGCUUUGCUGGCCACAAUUAAUGUGAAAGCAGGUGUUUUCAAAAUUUAAUGUCUUCACCUAACCUAUACUUGAAACUGUGUGCUAAAAAUAAUAAUUGCAACAUGAAGGGAUGAGAUUGCGUGAGAUCUAUAAGGAUAGCUUAGCCCUAGUACCAGCCAUUGUUCUGGAAUUUAGUUUUGUUUCGAUAGUCUGAAGGAGGAGAAAAAUAGAGUUGUUUUGCUUUUCCCCUUUGCAUUCUAUUUUUCUCCGGGAAAAUGGAGAAUAUUAAAAAUUUUGCGCACAAGGUGGAAGAAGGAAAAGAUGCGCAAAAUGGAGAGCCUUCUCAUGGCCCCGUUUACCGGAAUGUUUUUGCUAAGGAUGGCUUUGCGCCCAUGCCCCCCGGGAUCGAGUCUUGCUGGGACAUGUUCAGCCAGUCUGUCCAGAAACGACCACAUAACCAAAUGCUAGGCCACCGGGAGAUUGAAAAUGGAAAGGCAGGAAAAUAUGUGUGGCUGACAUAUCAGGAAGCAUACGACUUAUCAAUUCAAAUUGGAUCAGCUAUAAGGAGCUGUGAUGUUGGUUCGGGAGGUCGCAGUGGAAUUUAUGGAGUAAAUUGUCCUGAAUGGAUUAUUAGCAUGCAGGCUUGCAAUAGCCAUGGAAUUUAUUGCAUUCCACUCUAUGACACUCUUGGUCCAGAAGCAAUUGAAUUUAUCAUUUGCCAUGCUGAGGUUUCAAUAGCUUUUGUGCAAGAGAGCAAGAUACCUGCGAUUCUGGAGUGUUUGCCCAAGUGUACAAAAUACUUAAAGACAUUUGUGAGCUUUGCAAAUAUAAGUGAUGGGCAAAGGGAAGUAGCUGAAAGAGCUGGAGUGAAUGCAUACUCUUGGGCUGAGUUCUUAUCACUGGGAAAGAAGAAAAUAUAUGAACCUUCGCCACCAAAGAAGAACGAUAUUUGCACAAUUAUGUAUACCAGUGGCACAACAGGAGAACCAAAAGGUGUCUUGCUGACAAACGAAAACAUAAUUGCAGAAAUUUCUUCAAUUGAUCACUUGCUUGAUAUUACGGAUAAACCAGCAACAGAAACGGAUGUCUACAUUUCAUUUCUUCCCCUAGCACAUGUAUUUGAUCGGGCAAUCGAGGAAUACUGCAUUUAUAAAAGUGCCUCAAUUGGCUUCUGGCGUGGCGAUGUGAAGCUUUUGGUGGAGGAUAUUGUAGAGUUGAAGCCAACUAUUUUCUGUGGUGUCCCUCGCGUUUUUGAUCGAAUAUACACAGGUAUAAAUGAAAAGAUAUCAACUGGUGGACUUGUAAAAAAGAUGCUAUUUGAUUUUGCAUACAACUUCAAACUAAGGAACCUACAAAAGGGUUUGAAACAUGACGAAGCUGCACCACUUUUUGAUAAACUUGUGUUUAGCAAGGUGAAGCAAAGUCUAGGAGGUCGUGUACGUAUGAUCCUAUCUGGAGCAGCUCCACUUGCAAAACAUGUGGAAGAAUUUCUUAGGGUUACAAGUUGUAGUGUUGUAAUUCAAGGAUAUGGUUUGACCGAAACUUGUGCUGGAAGUUUUUCUUCCUUGGCCAAUGUCUUCUCAAUGAUUGGAACAGUUGGGCCGCCUGCCACAAUUAUUGAAGCAAAACUCAAAUCAGUCCCUGAAAUGGGCUAUGAUGCACUUUCUAAAACACCUCGUGGAGAGAUUUGCAUCAGGGGAAAAACACUAUUUUCUGGGUAUUACAAGCGUGAGGAUAUGACAAACGAAGUUCUGGUGGAUGGUUGGUUCCACACAGGUGAUAUUGGUGAGUGGCAACAAGACGGGACAAUGAAAAUCAUUGACAGAAAGAAGAACAUUUUUAAACUGUCACAAGGUGAAUAUGUUGCUGUGGAAAAUAUAGAGAAUGUAUACAACCGUUGCUCUUCUGUUGCUUCGAUAUGGGUUUAUGGCAACAGCUUUGAGUCCUUUCUUGUAGCCGUUGUUAUCCCUAAUCCACAAGCACUUGAAAGCUGGGCAACUGCGAAUGGGGAAUCUGGGAAUUUUGAAUCUUUAUGUCAAAAUCCAAAGGCAAACAAAUAUAUCCUUGAUGAGCUCAAUGCGACAGGGAAGAAGCACAAGCUCAAGGGUUUUGAACUGCUAAGGCAAGUUCACCUUGAACCUAAUCCAUUUAGUGUUGAGAGGGACCUGAUUACUCCAACUUUCAAAAUGAAGAGGCCUCAAUUAUUAAACUACUACAAGGACAUAAUUGAUGACCUAUAUAGAAGCUGCAAGUGAACCAACACACAUGAUCAUUGUGUGUGCAAACAACUGUUCUAUUAUAAAUAUGUCAUUCCAUAUGUGCAUUUGCUUCAUUGUAUUCAAGACAUAAAAAUGUCAUGAUUAUGAAGAGAUGAUGUAUAUCGAAAUAUAUUUUUAAAUUUAUUGACUCCUAUAAAUUUAUUUUAUUAUUUUGUUGCUGCAAGAUGCAUCUUUGUUCAUGAUUGUAUAUAUAUCAAGUUGUAAUAGAUAAGGAAUUGUCAACAGCCAAAUCAUUCGUUUUCGUUUCUUAUUAAGAAAAAUAUUACUUAGGUCGUGCUUUUAUGGUAUCAUUGAGGAAGAAAUGUAUAUAGAGCAGUCUGAAGGCUUUGAGGUAAAUGAGAAGGAACCCCGCCUUUUCAUGCUUAAGAAUGCCUUGUAUAAACUCAAACAAGCACCAAAAGCUUGGUAUUUUGGGAUGGAUGAAUAUUUGCAAAGUAUGGGCUUCACCAAAAGUGAAGUAGAUCCUAAUCUUUAUUAUAUAAUUGUUGUGAUUGAUCUGCU